UCAUUUUUUGUUUUGUUUUUGUUUUUCUCUUCUUUGGCUUACAAAUUCAUCAAUCAAUCAAUCAUACACACACUAAACACAAACAUCUUGAUCACAAUAACGACAUCUUUCUUUUCAAACAAACAAACAAAAAAAAAUUUUCUUCAUUCAUAAAAUUUUUCGAUUCAAAUAGCCAGUAAAGCUGUGUUCGAAAUUUUGUGAUUGUUUUUUCGGCCUCUUCUCGCAAAAGCAAGAAGAGGAAAGCAGCAGCAGCAGCAAUAGCCGCAAUAGCAGCAGCAGCAGCAGCACCAGUAUGACGGCUCCAAAAAGGCCAGAGCCAAAAGAAAAUGCUGCAGGCGGUCAUUGUAUUGCGGCUGGAACAUUGGUGGUCGCCAACACCCCCACCACCACCACCACCACUACUGCCAGCACCACAUUGACGCCAACGCCAUUUUCUACAAAAAAAUCGGCUAAGGUCACAACAAUAUUGUUAAAUAAGCCAACAACAACAACAACAACAAAAAAUCGUGUAAAUAACAACAACAACAACAACAACAAUAAAAUUUGUACAAAAUCUAAACCUGAAUCAAAAUGGAAUAAUGAUAAUGUAAAUAAAACAUGUCAUUUGAGUCAUAGCCACCAUCCACAUCAACAUUCACAUUCUCAUCAUCAACAUCAACAUCAUGAUCAUCAUAAUUAUCGUUCAAAAUCUACAUCAACAACAACAACAACAACAACGACAGCAGCGACAGCGACAACAACAACAACAACAACAUCACCAUUAAUACAAUCGCUACCACAUCCACAUCAAUUAGCACAUCAGCAUACUUAUCCGAAAAUAUCAUUAACAUCAAUAGCAUCAGCUGGUUGCAUAAAAGAAGAAGAUGGAUAUGAUGAUGAAUUUAAUAAUUAUCAUCAUCAUCAUCAUUCAAAUGAAGAUGAUGAUGAUGGUAUUUCAAACAAUACAACCAAUUCUUCAUUAUUAGAUAAACGUCGUCUUAGUGCUCAAUAUAGUGGUAAUGAUUGUUUUGGUCAUGAUAAUAAUAACCAAUCAAUUAUUGAUGAUCAUCAUCAACGUCGACAUUAUCGUCGUUCAGAAGAUUAUGAUGAUGAUUCACCUGGUUUAAGUUCAACUAGUGCAACUGUUGGUGGUGGUACUAAUAACGGUAGUGGUGCUGGUGGUGGUGGUGGUGGUGGUGCUAACAUUCCACGAACAUUCAGUACAUCAGCUUUACGUAUGAAAAAUCGUAGUUUUUUCUGGGACCGUUUACAAGCUGCACCAAGGUAG